AUGCCUGCCCACUCACCGCCCUCCCCCUCCGCUAAACCCCCGAAACGCGCCCGGCAGUCCUCCUUCGACGAUGCGUCACCGACGUCCGGGGGCGCCGACCAGAGCCCAUCGGCCGAUCUCAGCGAUGUCAUCGGCGAUAAGAGCAGCAAGUCUGCCGCCCAGCAGAGCAGCACGUUCCGCAACGUGAGCGCAUGCAAUCGAUGUCGCUUGCGCAAGAACCGAUGCGACCAGAAGCUCCCGAGUUGCGCCAGUUGCGCCAAAGCUGGUGUCGCCUGUGUUGGUUAUGACCCCAUCACCAAGAAGGAGAUCCCCAGGAGUUAUGUCUACUAUCUUGAGAUGCGCGUCGACCAGCUCGAGACAUUGCUGACGGCCAACAACAUAACGUUCCCCCCCGCCGAGGACCUGGAACGCUGCUCACGACCAGGCAACGAGCCCUCUAGAUCCAUCGCCGAUUCAAACUUUUCCGCCCGCUCCGAGAGCAUCGACAGCCAUAGCACGACGACGAAGAACCAGCAGCCCAUACGACCCGAUCUUGAGAAGACGAAGAAAGCCGAUGCGAACCAGGGUAUGCUCAACAUUGUCAGCCCCUCGAAACCCCGAUCUCUUGCCUCGGCGUCUGGCGUAUCUUUCAAUCGUGUCGUUUUCGCCGCUGUACAGUACUCCGUGUCGGAUCACAAUGGCACCUCGGACCGGGCCGGGGGCAAGGGCGCGAUAGCCGGUGCCAGCGGCGGCACCACCAUGCGGGAUUCCUUCUUCGGCUUGCACACGAAGCCUACCAUUCGACCCGCGCCUUUUCCAGAGAAGCAAGUGGGCGCCAGACUGGUGACUCUAUAUUUCGAGCACGCCAAUCCGCAGAUUCCCAUCUUGCAUCGCACAGAGUUCAUGACAAUGUUUGAGCAAGCAUAUGCCACGCCGGGUGGGCCUCAAGGCUCGCGCGAGCUGUACAUGCUCAACAUGGUGUUUGCCAUUGGAUGCGGUGUCAUCGUUGGUGAGCCUGUCAAGUCAGAGGGGUCGGGUAGUGGCGGGCCAAGGAAUCCGAUCGACAUGAACAAGUUCGGGCAGGCUCAACCCGAGGAAUACCACGCGAGCGCCAUUGUUCAUCUUGAGGCUUGUCUAGGGUCCAGCGGAGGCGGACUGGAGGUAUUGCAGGCUGUUUUGCUACUGGCGAACUUUGCCCUGCUUCGACCGGUGCCUCCAGGUCUCUGGUAUAUCAUUGGUGUUGCUGUGCGACUGGCCGUCGAUUUGGGCUUGCAUUACGAAGAUGGUAGCGAUGUCGAGACGGCAAUACCGGACCUUCCUCCUGCCGGCUCGGAACCCGAAAGUAAGGAGACGCGCGAAACAAGAGAGAGCCAUGCGCGCGAGCGCGGGAGGCGGCUUUAUAUUCGCGACAUGAGACGGCGGCUCUGGUGGUGUACGUAUUCCUUCGACCGUCUCGUCAGCACAUGCGUUGGCAGGCCCUUUGGCAUCAGCGACCAGGUCAUCACGACCGAGUUCCCCUCCCUCCUCGACGACCAGUACGUCACGCCAGCCGGUUUCCUCGAACCCCCGCCACUCGAACAGCCCGAGCCGAGCUACAAGAACGUUGCCUAUCAUUAUUUCAAGCUGCGACUUCUCCAGUCGGAAAUUCUGCAGGUAUUGCAGUACAACCAAACACAAGUGGCGCGCGCAGUUGGACAAAACUUCACCAACUCCGACAUGCACACCCAUCUACCCUCGCCCUUUUUGGUCAGAUUCGACUCAUUCCGUUCCUGGAGAAUUGACGUCGACCGGAGACUCUACCAGUGA